ACAGGAGGAAAGGAAGGGGGAAGACCGGGUAGAGGGUCAAAAGACGCAGGUGAGAGAGCGGAGAAGAACGCAGAAGUUUGGAACGUCAUGAGAAGAAAGAAGAUUCCGGGCUAGAAAGGGUGCGCAAGCCUGGAGGAGAAGGCGACUAGGUUCUGGUCGUGGGUAGAGAGGGGGAACGCAUUUAAAGGGGCUAAGGCCCCGAAUAGGACAGACAUUGAAGGAUCAGGGGUCCUGAAGAGAAAAGGCAUUUAGAGGUGCAGAUGCCCGAGACAGUCCAGACACUUGAGACCAGGCCGGCAUACAGAAGGCAUUUAAAGGGGUAGGUGCUCGGGAGAGCAGGGCAUUUUAAGGAGACGAGAGCCAAGCUUAGAAGACGUAUUCAAAAGGCCAUAGGCUGGGGUCUGAGAACACAUUUAUUGAAGAGGCAUGGAUAAAGGAGUCUCUUGUCAACACCGUUAGAGGAACGUGCACUCCUACUCUGCCCCAUUGUACUUUCUGACUUCUCCAGGUUCCUUCCACCCAGGACCCCCAGUUGCCAAGUUAUGGCCCCCAGUGCCCUGUAGACCUGGCGGGACCCUGGUGCUUGCGACCCCUAUUUCGGGGUCUGAGUGGCUACUUGAGGGCCUUGCAAAGGGGCAGAGACGGCAGAACCAUGGCAUCUAGGGCCUCUGAACCUCCCUCGGGGCGCAGCGUGACGGCGGGCAUCAUCAUUGUUGGAGAUGAGAUCCUCAAGGGAUACACUCAGGACACUAAUACCUACUUUCUGUGCCGGACGCUGCGCUCCCUGGGGGUUCAGGUACGCCGAGUCUCUGUUGUACCAGAUGAGGUAGCCACCAUCGCGGCUGAGGUCACCUCUUUCUCCAGCCGCUUCACCCAUGUCCUCACGGCAGGGGGCAUCGGCCCCACUCAUGAUGAUGUGACCUUUGAGGCAGUGGCACAGGCCUUUGGUGAUGAACUCAAGCCACACCCUGAGCUGGAAGCCGCUGUCAAAGCCCUAGGAGGGGAGGGCCGGGAGAAACUGUCUCUGUUGCCCUCCUCUGCUCGCUUGCAUUAUGGCACAGAUCCUCGCACUGGCUGCCCCUUCAGGUUCCCUCUGGUCUCUGUCCGAAACGUCUACCUCUUCCCAGGCAUUCCAGAGCUGCUGCAACGGGUGCUGGAAGGACUGAAGGAACUGUUCCAAAACACAGCUGUUCAGUUCCACCUGCGGGAACUGUAUGUGGCUGCCGACGAGGCCUCUAUCGCCCCCAUUCUGGCUGAGGCCCAAGCCCACUUUGGGCACAGGCUUGGCCUGGGUUCCUACCCUGACUGGGGCAGCAACUACUAUCAGGUGAAGGUGACACUAGACUCAGAGGAAGAAGGGCCCCUGGAGGAAGGCCUGGCCUACCUGACUGCCCAUCUGCCCCAGGGGUCGCUGGUCCCCUACAUGCCCAAUGCUGUGGAGCAGGCCAGCAAAGCUGUAUAUGAAUUUAUGGAAUCAGGGUCUCCUCUGGGGCAAAAGGUGGCAGGUGCCCUGCAGACCAUUGAGACUGGACUGGCUCGGUACAGCCUCAGCCAGCUCUGUGUGGGCUUCAACGGGGGCAAGGACUGUACUGCCCUUCUGCACCUCUUUCAUGCUGCUGUGCAGAGGAAAUGCCCUGAUGCCCAAGAACAACUCCAGAUCCUGUAUAUCCGCAGCAUCUCCCCUUUCCCUGAGCUGGAGCAGUUUCUACAAGACACUAUCAGGAGGUAUAAUCUGCAGGUACUACAGGCAGAGGGCGACAUGAAGCAGGCCCUGGGCCAGCUGCAGGCACGGCACCCCCAGCUGGAGGCUGUCCUGAUGGGCACCCGUCGCACGGACCCCUACUCCCGCAGCCUUCAGCCCUUCAGCCCCACCGACCCAGGCUGGCCUUCGUUCAUGCGCAUCAACCCCCUGCUGGACUGGACCUACAGAGACAUCUGGGACUUCCUGCGUCAGCUGUUUGUCCCAUACUGUAUCCUAUAUGACCGAGGGUACACCUCACUGGGGAGCCGGGAGAACACAGUGCAGAACCCAGCCCUGAAGUGCCUGAGCCCAGGAGGACACACCACCUACCGUCCAGCCUACCUACUGGAGAAUGAGGAAGAGGAGCGGAACUCCCGCAAAUGACCUCCCACCUCUGCCCAUUCCAGGCAGGAGGGAAGGAGGCUCUCCUGAUGUUAAUCUGUCAAUAAACCCAAUAAACCGUGCCUCUGACUGUG